AUGAGAAGACUUCUUGUAGCGCCACUGUUUUUAACACUGGCAACAGCUGUAACUUGGCAGUUGCUUCCACCCCCAUUGACUUUCUCAAAUGAAUCGCAGUCCUUUAUUGAUUUUUCUUCGGUAUUGGUCGAAAAGAAGGUCUAUAUUGAGCGCAGGUUCUCCCAACGAAGGGACUCUGCUGGGCUCACGCUGAUUCCUCCCUCGGCAUACGAAUUUGCGCAAACCUUUAUUGACGACCUUGAGGAUAUCACCAGCACACCAUGGUCACUGAACGUGGUUGAGAAACUCCCCAAGCACGGAAAUGGUAUAUUCCUAGGAUUCUCGGCCCAGAACCUGACUUAUCAAAAUAAGGUCGCGACUGAAGAAGGGUACACUCUUGACAUUCGCUCCGAUGGAGGCGUUGUUAUUGCAGGGACUGGUUCCAGGGGCAUGUGGUGGGGAACGAGGACAUUAUUACAGAUGCUCAUACAAAAAGAGAGCUCCCCAAGCAACAUGAAGCUACCCGUCGGACAUUUUGUUGAUGCACCCGCAUACCCUACCCGUGGUUUUAUGCUUGACGCCGGGAGAAAAUGGUACUCUCUGUCGUUCUUGAAGGACCUCUGUACAUAUGCGUCUUUUUUCAAAAUGUCCGAGUUUCACUAUCACUCGGCCGACAAUUACCCAUUAUCGCGUGGUCACAACGAAACUUGGUACAAAGUAUACUCCCAAUUCUCAAUGAGACCCAUAAGCGAUGGUUUAUCUGGCCUUGUGCAACGAAAAAAUGAAACUCUAAGUCCCGAUGACCUGGAAGACUUUCAGCAGCAUUGUGCUAGACGGGGGGUUACCCUAAUACCAGAAAUCGAAGCUCCUGGUCAUGCUCUUUCGAUCACCAAGUGGAAACCAGAGUUAGCCCUCUUUAUUAAGGACUUACUCAACCUCAGCCAUCCCGAUACCAUUCCCACAGUCAAGAGCAUAUGGACUGACUUUCUCCCGCGGCUUCACUCAAAGGAAGUGCAUAUCGGCGCUGACGAAUAUGACUCGACACUCGCAGAUGACUACAUCAACUUUGUCAACGAGAUGUCGGACUGGAUACAGAAGACAUCAAAUAAGAAGAUUCGUAUCUGGGGCACGUACGAACCAUCGCCCACGAAUCUCACCAUAUCAAAAGAUAUCACCAUUCAGCACUGGCAAGCGGGCCAGUCGGACCCUACUCAAUUAGUCGCUGCUGGAUAUAAUAUUAUUAAUUCCGAGGAUAAAUGGGCAUACAUGUCAAUCAAGAACGACCAUGUCCCAAUUUCACCAGCCCCAUACCCAGUCUUUUUCAACGAGACCAAGUUGCUAAAUUAUGGUGAUAAGCAAGGCAAUCAAUGGGAUCCACGCGAUAUUAACUAUGAAAAUUUGACACUAGUGCUGGAUCCUGCAUCAAAGUCUAAUAAAGGCGCAAUAUUUGCGGCGUGGAACGAUAACGGUCCUGACGCAAGCACCCAACUAGAGGCUUACUAUGCUAUCAGACGAGGGGUACCUCUUGUCGCUGCUCGGGCUUGGUCUGGAUCAAGGGGGCCAUUGAUACACGGAGACACCAUCGACCAGACAAUUGACUUCCUAACACCACGCAUCCCAGGAGAGAACCUAGAUCGGGUAUUACUUCCUUCUCAAUCAAGAGGCGAUUCGCUGUUUUCUUGGAAGCGUCAACCACAUCAUUCCGAAAAAUAUCAUCUCAAUAAGGGUAGUAAAGGUCUCAAUUAUACUCUUACGUUAUCCGUGUCUGGGCCUUUUAAUCUGUCAUCCUCUGACGUGUCUCUCUCGCUCUCCGCUCCUAUCUCCAGCAAUUCCUCCAGCACUUUAGUCUUCACCUCUGACGGCUGGUCUUACCCUCUACGCUCAACAUCUUACAACGACAGCACCUAUUUCCCUGAAUCGCCUGGCAUGGGUCGUAUUUGGGGGACGCCACCAGGGAAUAUGACGGAAUCUUCGCACGUGCCAGUGGCCAUCGCCAAUCCCUCUCUUGAUCACCCAAUAAAGAUUACAAUCACAAGCGAUGCUAUACGAGGAAGCAGAUGCUGGGUUGAGGGUAAUUUUGUAGGCCGUUUCGAGGUUCUUGUAUUCGGGGGCCACAAUGUUUAUGAGUCGUGGAGCCAGAUGGCUUUUGUAGCCCCGUUGGAGAUGGUGGAAGGCGGCAUUCUGGAAAUCGAUCUGGUGGAGAACAUUGUCGAGCAAGCACAUAAGUAG